AUGAAGGUUGACGAAAAGAUCGUCGAAGAGAGACAUGAAAUGGAUAAGUUGGUUGAGCCUCUUAGUGCACUGUUCGAUGCAAUUUGGCAUGAGAACUCAAGGGAACGUCAAAAUACGAGAUCCACUCAAACCGAACCGAUCGAGGAGUUUGAUCAACAAGCAAAACUGCAAAAGAGUUUGGCGAAUUAA